AUGUUGUUUCAUGAUGGGGCGCAAUUGCGUCGUUUGAUCCAUGUAGCCGACCCCACCUACUGGGAUGAGGCUUUGUUUCUGUUGUUGUUGUUUGUUUCAAAACCACAAAGCCUCCUGCGGCCUCUGCUGGUGAAUUUCCAAUUGGACAAGAGCAACUUGCUUCAGUUUCAAGGGGAGCAUGAUACCGUUGCUCUUCAGCAAUAUGGAGGGGUUGCUGGGAUAUCAAAUUUGUUGAAAACCAAUUUAGAGAAGGGGAUUCAUGGUGAUGAUGCUGACUUACUAAAACGAAGGAAUGCAUUUGGUUCCAAUGAUUAUCCUCGAAAGAAAGGAAGAAGUUUCUGGAUGUUUUAUGUGGGAUGCUUGCAAGGAUCUGACUUUGAUUAUUUUAAUGGUAGCUGCAGCGGCUUCAUUGGCAUUGGGAUAAAAUCUGAGGUGAGGAGGCUUUCCGCUUGUGAGACAAUGGGCUCUGUAACAACCAUUUGCAGUGAUAAGACUGGCACGUUGACCAUGAAUCAGAUGACUGUGGUGGAGGCUUAUGCUGGUGGGAAGAAGAAUGAUCCUCCUGGUAACAAGUCAGAGCUCUCUCCCAAGCUCCACUCUUUGCUCAUUGAAGGUGUUGCACAGAACACUAAUGGCAGUGUUUUUGUCCCUGAGGGUGGUAACGAUGUUGAGGUUUCCGGAUCACCAACAGAAAAGGCAAUUUUACAUUGGGGAUUAGAGAUUGGGAUGAACUUCGACUCUACUAGAUCGGAAUCAUCAAUUAUUCACGUUUUCCCUUUCAAUUCUGAGAAAAAACGAGGCGGAGUUGCAGUACAAACGGCUGACUCUGAAGUUCACAUACACUGGAAAGGUGCUGCUGAGAUUGUCCUAGCCUGCUGUACACGGUACAUUGAUGCAAAUGACCAGUUGAUAGACAUGGAUGAGGAAAAGAUGGUAUCUUUCAGAAAAGCUAUUGAAGACAUGGCUGCCGAGAGUUUACGUUGUGUUGCCAUUGCAUAUAGAACAUUUGAAAAGGAGAAUGUUCCAGCCACUGAAGAAGAACGGGCUCACUGGUCUUUACCAGAAGAUAAUCUUGUUUUGUUAGCUAUUGUUGGUCUGAAGGAUCCUUGUCGACCUGGAGUCAAAGAUUCAGUGGAGCUUUGCCAAAAAUCUGGGGUUAAGGUAAAAAUGGUCACUGGUGACAAUGUCAAAACUGCAAAAGCAAUUGCUGUGGAGUGUGGAAUACUUAAUUCCCUUGCUGAAGCUACAGAGCCAAUCAUCAUUGAAGGAAAAACUUUUCGUGCCAUGACAGAUGCACAGAGAGAUGAAAUAGCUGAAGCAAUAUCAGUUAUGGGACGGUCAUCUCCUAAUGACAAAUUAUUACUUGUGCAAGCAUUGAGGAGGAAGGGACAUGUUGUGGCUGUAACUGGGGAUGGAACAAAUGAUGCUCCUGCACUACAUGAGGCUGAUAUAGGUCUUGCAAUGGGUAUUCAAGGAACUGAAGUUGCAAAAGAAAGCUCUGAUAUUAUUAUUUUGGAUGACAAUUUUGCUUCAGUUGUAAAGGUUGUGAGAUGGGGACGUUGUGUGUAUGCAAAUAUUCAGAAAUUUAUCCAGUUUCAGCUUACAGUAAAUGUAGUAGCUCUUGUUAUAAAUGUUGUUGCUGCUGUUUCCUCUGGUGAUGUCCCACUGAAUGCAGUGCAGCUUUUGUGGGUAAAUCUUAUCAUGGAUACUUUGGGAGCACUAGCAUUGGCAACUGAACCACCAACUGAUCACCUUAUGGAUUGGCCUCCAGUGGGCUGAAGAGAACCUCUCAACAAAUAUUAUGUGGAGAAAUUUGCUGAUACAGGCAAUGUACCAAGUAUCUGUGUUGCUUGUUCUGAAUUUCCGAGGUAGGAGCAUACUGGGUCUGA